GCCGAUCGUCGCGACCUGUACGUUGUUGUAGUUCAAUCGUUAAUAAAAUACAGUCAAUUUAAUUGAGGAUUUUCGGGCAUUUGUUUGUGUUAGUGCGACUGUUAACAAAAAGAGCUAUAUAAACAAAAACACAAAAAAAGAAAAACACCUUUAUUCUUAAAGUGCUUUGUUUAUACUAAACUUUUGUGCCACUUUUCAAAAAUUUUUGGAUGCUUAUUACACGCUACUUGCGGAUCUGCGACUUUCUUUGACUCGGAAACUGAGAGUUGUUCGACGUUGUUCGACAAGAAUCGAAAUUUGCAUCUAUAGAAAACCGCUUCGAUUGAAUUCAAUAUGAACUUGCGGCCUUACAAGACCACAUGAAUAGAUAACGAACCGAAUCCGUCAUUGUUUUGGGAUCGCUUUUGGCCCCGUGUGACUGACAAAUUAACGCAUUCAGCUUGAUUAGCAUCUGAGUCCAAUCUGGAAAAGUUCUAUUUGCGAUUAGCGAUUAGCGAUCCCAUAGCCAGACGUCCGUUUUCAAUUGUCUCUCGAUUGUGGCAUUUUACAGAAUCGGUAUAGAUCGACAGCCGAAGCCUAAUUACGCGGAAAACACCGACCACGCUCUAUAGAUAAACGACCUUUAGUUGGGCCAUCGUAUAUAAAGCUAUAUAGAACCGAUCCGUGACGCAUCCCCAGCGAUUCUACGUCUAGUGGGUGGCGGUGACAAAAAAAAUCAGAAAAACCCCAACGAAUUUCGGCCCAAAUAGCAACACUUGGCUAAAUGCGUGAUCGCCACUUGGCCAAAAUGCCGCGUGGAGGAACGACAACAGCACGCUAUGAGGAGGAUCCGGACAAUGCCUGGAACUGCUGCUCCUGGUGCGAGUACUUGCUGAUCGUCAUCCUGUCCACCAUCCUGCUGGUGGGCGUCCUGGUGCUCACCCUCUUCUGGGUGAUGUUCUACCGGGAGGGCUUCGCCUGGUCGGAGAGUCCCAAGCAGCAGUUCAACCUGCAUCCCAUCUUGAUGAUCGCCGGCUUCGUGACGCUCUCCGGAUUUUCCAUCUUGAUCUACCGUCUGUGCCGGUGCGUGAAGCACAUCUACGUGAAGCUGAUCCACAUGUUCUUCCACGCCGUGGCCAUCCCGUGCAUCGCCCUGGGCUUCCUCUCCGUGUUCGACUCCCACGAGGCGUUGCAAAAGGUCAACUUCUACAGCCUCCACUCGUGGCUGGGCUUCGUGACAAUGGGCAUGUUCGUGCUCCAGUUUGUGAUCGGCUUCUUCAGCUUUCUGGUGAUGCUGUGCUGUGAGAACAAGACCUAUAGCUGCCGAUCCGCCAUGGUACCGAUCCACGCCAGCUUGGGCCUGGCCAACUUCUGGCUGGCCAUUGCCACAUCCGUCACGGGACUGAUCGAGAAGGAGCGCGAAACCGUCAACGAGGCGGGCGUGAGCCAGGAGAACAAGCUCAUCGAGCACUACAUCACCAGUGCCAUCGGCGUCGCCCUGAUCUUCAUCGGCAUCAUCGUGACGUUUGCGGUGCGGCGCUCCAAUGCGCCCGCCUCCGCGAAGGUUUACGUGACGGAGCGCAUUUAGACGGGCCGCCCGGCUCGUCGGAGUCUCCGACUCCGUCUCCAUCGCCGGAUUCGGUCCACGGCCAGGACGGGAAGCGAGUCGCAGCAGGUGUAUCCGAGGAUCGUGAGGGGCUAUGGAGAGGUCCCCGGGCACAGGGACUCGGGGAAGCGGAUCCACGUCGCCCUUUCGCCAGGCUUAGCGCACAGAGACCACGCUUCUGCAUCUCUAUCCGAACCCUUUGUAACCUUUUAUAUGCCAAAUUAAAUCCUCUUCUUACACUUAGACUUCUCCAUAAGGCGCUAAUCAAAAUCUUUACUCACUUUCAACUCCUCAGUAGAUGUGUAGGAUUAGGAAUCUCAGAAAAGAGCCGACCAAGCAAGCAAAUCUAAUCAAAAUUGACGUGUUCAGCCGAACUUACUGAUGCAUUAAGCACUCACAAGCAUGAUUAGCCAGUUUUUUGGUACUAUAGUAGAAUUUUGAUAUAAGCCCAUGUAACUAGUGUAUGUACCGUACCACGUAACGCAUUAAAUGUAUGCACUCGUACUCAAAACUGUCGCAUUUGAUGUUUUUUGUAAUCGUGCAAGUAUUUGUAUUUCAUAAUGCGCUAAGCAAUGUAAGCUGUAAACCAAUUUUACAAACAAAUAAUAAACGAUACUUUUGGCCUGUCAUAGGGUCUCAUAA